AUGGUAAGUUUCGGUUCUAGGGGGAACCACCGCGGACAACUCAGCCACCACCCCCUAUCUCACCCUAACCCUAUUGUCCACACCCACUUAAUCCGAUUGCAGAAGUUCUACGUCAUUGCUUUGGCCUUUGUCGGCCUUGCCGCCGCCGAUGUCAGUCAUCUAAAGUUGGGACUGUCCGCCGACGGAGGCUAUGGACUCACCGCCUUGUCAUCCGCUUCCUCCUCCUCCUCCACUUCUUCGGAAGUGGUACAAGGUGGUGAUUCCAGCUCCUACCAGUACUCAAAGUCCGCGGAGGUUGUGCCCGGAAGCGAUGCUAGUUCCUACCAGCCUGCUGAAUAUACUCCAGCUCAUCUCAAGUCAGCCGAUGUAGUUCCUGGAGGUGAUUCAAGUUCCUAUCAACCCGCUGAAUACACUCCUGAGCACUUGAAGACAGCUGAGGUGGUUCCUGGAGGAGAUUCCAGCUCUUACCAGCCCGCUGAAUACACUCCCGAGCACUUGAAGACAGCUGAGGUGGUUCCCGGAGGAGAUUCCAGCUCUUACCAACCCGCUAAAUACACUCCCGAGCACUUGAAGACAGCUGAGGUGGUUCCUGGAGGCGAUUCCAGCUCUUACCAGCCCGCUGAAUACACUCCCGCUCAUCUUAAGGCUUCUGUUCCAGCGAGCAUUGGAGCUGAUACUUAUGCUCCAGUUCCGGCUGCUAUUGGUGCUGAUACCUACACCCCUGAGAAGUUCAUUCCGCAGGACGUUCAGGAGGCCCACUACAAGUACAUUCAGGAGCAGGAGCAGGGAGCUGUUGUUCCCGGAGGAGAUUCCAGCUCUUACCAACCCGCCGAAUACACUCCCGAGCACUUGAAGACAGCUGAGGUGGUUCCUGGAGGCGAUUCCAGCUCUUACCAGCCCGCUGAAUACACUCCUGCUCAUCUUAAGGCUUCUGUUCCAGCGAGCAUUGGAGCUGAUACUUAUGCUCCAGUUCCGGCUGCUAUUGGUGCUGAUACCUACACCCCUGAGAAGUUCAUUCCGCAGGACGUUCAGGAGGCCCACUACAAGUACAUUCAGGAGCAGGAGCAGGGAGCUGUGGUUCCCGGAGGAGAUUCCAGCUCUUACCAACCCGCCGAAUACACUCCCGAGCACUUGAAGACAGCUGAGGUGGUUCCUGGAGGCGAUUCCAGCUCUUACCAGCCCGCUGAAUACACUCCUGCUCAUCUUAAGGCUUCUGUUCCAGCGAGCAUUGGAGCUGAUACUUAUGCUCCAGUUCCGGCUGCUAUUGGUGCUGAUACCUACACCCCUGAGAAGUUCAUUCCCCAGGACGUUCAGGAGGCCCACUACAAGUACAUUCAGGAGCAGGAGCAGGGAGCUGCGGUUCCUGGAGGCGAUUCCAGCUCUUACCAGCCCGCUGAAUACACUCCAGCUCAACUCAAAAACUCCGUUGUAGCUUCGACCGCUGCUUCUGCUGUUUCUGGGGGAGAUUCCAGUUCCUAUCAGUCCGCCGUUUCCCAAACGAGCUACGUUCAUAGCCAAACCAAGACUGUCGUGACCGGAUCGUCUGGCAGUUCCUACCAGAGCGCCCAACCCAUCGCCGCCUAUGUCCAGGGACAAGCCCCAGUCGUCAUUGGAGCCAACACGAUCACACCUGCCCAUCUGUAUGAGGAGCCCACAUCGAAUGGCAUCGAGGAGUUGAAUCCCGAUACCCAUGUGCCCGUGGCCAUUGGUGCCGACACCAUUACUCCUGCCCAUUUGCAGGCCACCUACUCCAAAUCCAGCCAGGAGACCCAGUACGCGUCAAACGGCGGCUAUAUUUACUAA